GGGAGAGUGGGGGUGAGGCUGGGAACGGUGGGAGCCGCUGUGUGGAGGAGCUGCUGCCGGUGUCAUGGCGGAGCUGAGCGAGGAGGCGCUGCUGUCAGUGUUACCGACGAUCCGGGUCCCUAAGGCUGGAGACCGGGUCCACAAAGACGAGUGCGCCUUCUCCUUCGACACGCCGGAGUCUGAGGGUGGCCUAUACAUCUGCAUGAACACGUUCCUGGGCUUCGGGAAACAAUAUGUGGAGAGACAUUUCAACAAGACGGGCCAGCGAGUGUACCUGCACCUCCGGCGGACCCGGCGCCCGAAAGAGGAGGACGCUACUACAGGCACUGGAGACCCGCCCCGGAAGAAGCCCACCCGGUUGGCUAUUGGUGUUGAAGGCGGCUUUGACCUCACCGAAGAGAAGUUUGAAUAUGACGAGGAUGUGAAGAUUGUCAUUUUGCCAGAUUACCUGGAGAUUGCCCGAGAUGGGUUGGGGGGUCUGCCUGACAUUGUCAGGGAUCGGGUGACCAGUGCAGUGGAGGCCCUGCUAUCGGCUGACUCAGCUUCUCGCAAGCAGGAGGUGCAGGCCUGGGAUGGGGAAGUGCGGCAGGUGUCUAAGCAUGCCUUCAACCUAAAGCAGUUGGACAACCCUGCUCGAAUCCCUCCCUGUGGCUGGAAGUGCUCCAAGUGUGACAUGAGAGAGAACCUGUGGCUCAACCUGACAGAUGGCUCCAUCCUCUGCGGCCGACGCUACUUCGAUGGCAGUGGGGGCAACAACCAUGCUGUGGAGCACUACAGGGAGACAGGCUACCCAUUGGCUGUGAAGCUGGGCACCAUCACACCUGAUGGCGCUGACGUAUACUCAUACGAUGAGGAUGACAUGGUCCUGGACCCCAGCCUGGCUGAGCACCUGUCCCAUUUCGGCAUCGACAUGCUGAAGAUGCAGAAGACGGACAAGACGAUGACCGAGUUGGAGAUAGAUAUGAACCAGCGGAUCGGCGAAUGGGAGCUGAUUCAGGAGUCAGGUGUGCCACUUAAGCCCCUGUUCGGGCCCGGCUACACAGGCAUCCGGAACCUGGGUAACAGCUGCUACCUCAACUCCGUGGUCCAGGUGCUCUUCAGCAUCCCUGACUUCCAGAGGAAGUAUGUGGAUAAGCUGGAGAAGAUCUUCCAGAAUGCCCCGACGGACCCUACCCAGGACUUCAGCACCCAGGUGGCCAAGCUGGGCCAUGGCCUUCUCUCAGGAGAGUAUUCCAAGCCAGCACCGGAGUCAGGUGACGGGGAGCAGGUGCCAGAACAAAAGGAAGUUCAAGACGGCAUCGCCCCUCGGAUGUUCAAGGCCCUCAUCGGCAAGGGCCACCCUGAGUUCUCCACCAACCGGCAGCAGGAUGCCCAGGAGUUCUUCCUUCACCUUAUCAACAUGGUGGAGAGGAAUUGCCGGAGCUCUGAAAAUCCUAAUGAAGUGUUCCGCUUCUUGGUGGAGGAAAAGAUCAAGUGCCUGGCCACGGAGAAGGUUAAGUAUACCCAGCGAGUUGACUACAUCAUGCAGCUGCCUGUGCCCAUGGAUGCAGCCCUUAAUAAAGAGGAGCUUCUGGAGUAUGAGGAGAAGAAGCGGCAAGCCGAAGAGGAGAAGAUGCCGCUGCCAGAACUGGUUCGGGCCCAGGUGCCGUUCAGCUCCUGCCUGGAGGCCUAUGGGGCCCCUGAGCAGGUGGACGACUUCUGGAGCACGGCGUUGCAGGCCAAGUCAGUAGCUGUCAAGACCACACGGUUUGCCUCGUUCCCUGACUACCUGGUCAUCCAGAUCAAGAAGUUCACCUUCGGCUUAGACUGGGUGCCUAAGAAACUGGAUGUGUCCAUCGAGAUGCCAGAGGAGCUGGACAUCUCCCAGUUGAGGGGUACAGGGCUGCAGCCGGGAGAGGAGGAGCUGCCAGACAUUGCCCCACCCCUGGUCACUCCGGAUGAGCCCAAAGCACCCAUGUUGGAUGAAUCCGUCAUCAUCCAGCUGGUGGAGAUGGGCUUCCCCAUGGACGCCUGCCGCAAAGCCGUCUACUACACAGGCAACAGUGGCGCUGAGGCUGCCAUGAACUGGGUCAUGUCGCACAUGGACGAUCCAGAUUUUGCAAACCCCCUCAUCCUGCCUGGCUCCAGUGGGCCCGGUUCCACGAGUGCAGCAGCUGAGCCCCCGCCAGAGGACUGUGUGACCACCAUUGUCUCCAUGGGCUUCUCCCGGGACCAGGCCCUGAAAGCUCUGCGGGCCACGAACAAUAGUUUAGAACGGGCUGUGGACUGGAUCUUCAGUCACAUUGAUGACCUGGACGCCGAGGCUGCCAUGGACAUCUCAGAGGGCCGCUCGGCUGCCGACUCCAUCUCUGAGUCUGUGCCCGUGGGACCUAAAGUCCGGGAUGGUCCUGGAAAGUAUCAGCUCUUUGCCUUCAUUAGUCACAUGGGCACCUCUACCAUGUGUGGUCACUACGUCUGCCAUAUCAAGAAGGAAGGCAGAUGGGUGAUCUACAAUGACCAGAAAGUGUGUGCCUCUGAGAAGCCACCCAAGGACCUGGGCUACAUCUACUUCUACCAGAGAGUAGCCAGCUAAGAACCUGCCCUCACCUUUACCACCGAGGGCAGGGGACAGCCCACCUGGCAUGAGGGAUAGGAGCUGAGGGAUGGACUUCAGCCCCCUGCUCUGUGCCCUUUUUCUUUUUGUUCCUGGCAGCAGGGAAGAAGCUGGAGGCCACAGGAGAAUGGCCAAGCUAUGGCAGAGGGGCUAUAGACUCUGGGGAUGGAGCAGGAAGGGGAUGGGAGGGGGCUGACCGCCUGUCUGUAAGGAGACUUUGUUGCUUCCCCUGUCCCUGGAAUCCACAGUGCUCUGCUUCUGUGUCACCCUGCCCAGCACCCUGGUGUGGAGGGGAAGGGUCUUAUCUGUGUGCGUGCGUGGGUGUAGCUUUGUGCAGCCUCUUCCUGGGGAGGGAGCACCUGUGCCUCCCCUCCCCCUUUGUGUUCGCCCCUGUGUGGUUGGGCAAGGAGGGAUAUGAGGGAAAUGGGUACUCACCCUUGCCCUCCUGCCUCAGUCUCCCCCCUGCCUCCCACCCCCGUCUCUUCCCUUUACUUCUCUGGAAAAUGCCAAAAUACACGAUGUGAAUAAAAGUACAAUGGCUAA